AUGACAACCCCAAAGCAGCAAGACGCCACAACCUCCAUCAAACUCCCAAUCCGCAGCAAAGAGGCACCUCCACCUCCACCCGCCCGCGUCAACACCUGUUUCACCUACCUAUCGCUAGUGAACUCCGCCGACUCUCCACCCCCGCACCACUACUUUGAAGCCGUUUUCGCGCAGUCCCGUCGGCGUUACGCCAUAAUAUACGUGGAUGAUAUCCUUGUUUUCUCUGGCUCGCCGGAUGAGCACUCGGCGGACGUGUAUGAUGUGCUCAAUCUGGUUAAGCAUUUGGGCGUCAGGAUUGAUAGUCCGAGGAGUGUGUUUUGUCAGUCGGAAAGCUUGCUUGGGGUAGGUGGUGAGGAGGAGGAGGAGGAGGAGGAGGAGGAGGAGGAAGAGGGUGUGCUGGAUGGGUGA